AUGGAUUUCCUUCAUAGAAGCGGAGUGCUCAUUAUUCAGCAUCUGCAGAAGGACUACCGGGCUUACUAUGAUUUUCUAAAUUUUAUGUCCAGUGUUGGAGACCCCCAAAAUAUCUUUUCUAUUUACUUCCCACUUUGGUUUCAGUUGAAUCAGACUGUUGGAACCAAGAUGAUAUGGGUAGCAGUCAUAGGGGACUGGUUCAAUCUUAUAUUUAAAUGGAUUUUGUUUGGCCAUCGUCCUUACUGGUGGAUCCAAGAAACUGAGAUUUACCCAAAUCACUCAAGCCCAUGUCUUGAGCAGUUUCCUACUACAUGCGAAACAGGCCCAGGAAGUCCGUCUGGCCACGCAAUGGGUUCAUCACGUGUCUGGUAUGUCAUGGUAGCAGCUGCCUUAAGCUACAUUGUCAGCCGGAUGGAUGAGUCCUCUAUCACUCUGCACAGACUGACCUGGUCCUUUCUUUGGAGUGUUUUCUGGUUGAUUCAAAUCAGCGUCUGCAUCUCCAGAGUGUUCAUAGCCACACAUUUCCCCCAUCAGGUCAUUCUUGGAGUGAUUGGUGGGAUGCUAGUAGCAGAGGCCUUCGAACGAACUCCAGGAAUCUACAUGGCCAGCUUGAGUGUGUACCUGAAGACCAACGUCUUCCUCUUCCUGUUUGCUCUUGGCUUUUACCUGCUUCUCAGACUGCUCGGUAUUGACCUGCUGUGGUCUGUGCCCAUUGCCAAAAAGUGGUGUGCCAACCCAGACUGGAUCCACAUUGACAGCACGCCUUUUGCUGGACUUGUGAGAAACCUGGGGGUCCUCUUUGGCUUGGGUUUUGCCAUCAACUCAGAAAUGUUCCUUCUGAGCUCCCAGGGAGAAAAUGACUCCGAGCUGAGCUUCCGCUUGCUCUGUGUUCUGACCUCACUGACCACAGUGCAACUUUAUCGCUUCAUCAAGAUCCCGACUCACACGGAACCUUUAUUUUAUCUGUUGUCUUUCUGGAAAAGUGCAUCCAUCCCACUGACCGUGGUGGCUCUAAUUCCCUACUGUGUACAUAUGUUAAUGAGACCCAGUGAGAAGAAGAUUAAGUGA